AUGUCUUCGGCACCUGAGAAGAAGCUUUGUGCCUGCCUCGUCGGCCUUGGCCGUGCAGGUCACUUCCACAUGGAGUCCCUUGCCGCGCUGCCCCAUGCAGUGCAGCUUUCCUGGGUUGUGGACGUGGACACGGAGAAGGCAAAACGGAUUGCGGAGGAAAAGGGCUGCCGCUGGUCCUCCGACCUGGAUGCGGCCUUGGCAGAUGAAGUUGACGUAGUCAUUGUGGCCUCCGCCACUGACACCCACUUCCCCUACAUCAUGAAGGCCCUCAGCGCCGACAAGGCGGUGCUAGCUGAGAAGCCCAUUUCGCAUGAGCUGCACGAGGUGAUCACAGCUGUGGAGCUGGCAAAGAGCAAGAACUUGGCUUUCAUGUGUGGCUACCAGCGCCGAGCGGAUCGCCACUUCCGCGAGCUGAAGCGCCAACUGGACUCCGGUGCCAUUGGGUCGUUGAAGAUGGUGAAGAUGUGCAGCCGCGACAAUCCGCUUCCUCCACUGGAGUACCUUAGGACAAGGGGCGGCAUCUUCCACGACAUGCUGAUCCAUGACUUCGAUAUGCUUGACUUCCUCAGCGGAGGUCAGGUGCCCGAGUCAGUGACGUCCAUCGGCCACUGCUACAACCCGGAGAUCGAGAAAAUGGAGGACAUCGACACGUGUGCUGUCAUGUUCAAGUAUCCAAGUGGCCUCAUUGCAAUGGUCGACACCAGCCGCGAUGCCUCUUAUGGCUACGAUCAGCGCAUCGAGGCUUUCGGUGAGCACGGGAUGCUCUCGGCCAAGAACGAGCUCACCAGCACCGUGGAACUUGCCACAGAGGCCGGGCAUCUGGUUCCUACUGCCAUGUUCAGCUUCCCCCAGCGAUACCUCCAAGCUUACCGCUCCGAACUCACGGAGUUCAUCGAACUUGUGCAGGCUGGCCGCGACAGUGAGGUCCACCGUCUUGAGCAGGCGGCGAUGCUGCGACACCCCAACAUUGUGCGGACCACCAUUGCAGCCGAGCAAUCCUGGAAGGAAGGCAAGUCAAUUCAGAUCUCCCAAGUUGCAGCAACCCCAGCUGUGCAAAAGUCCGGGUCGGACAUCAGCUCCGCCACUCCGAGCGACAUUGAGGAGGUUGACAUUGACAGCCUGGACCUCACUCAGUCAAAGCUGUUCGCAACAAAGAACAUGUUUGGCGAUGGCUACCGUAAUUAUGAGACGUCCAGCAGGCAGGACAAGGUCUCGCAAACUUACAACAAAAUGCACGUGAAUCAGACGGUAGCUUUCGUGAAGGAGCAGCACGACUGCUGGCUCAAGUUCAACCAUGGGGAGUUCACGGUGAUGGAGGUCAUAACCAUGCUGGACGAGUUGGUGGAUGACUCCGAUCCCGACGUGGACAUCCCAAACAGCAUCCAUGACUUCCAGACUGCAGAGCGCAUCCGAGAGCAAUGGCCUGGGGAGGAGUACGACUGGUUCCAUCUGGUCGGUCUGCUGCACGACCUGGGGAAGGUCAUGGCUCUGCCACAAUUGGCCAAGGACGAUGUCCUGGAGCAGUGGGCCGUGGUGGGAGACACGUUCCCCAUCGGCUGCGCCCCUGCAGAAGAGGCCGUGGUGUUCCCGGAGUCCUUCAAGGGUAAUCCCGACUACACGCAUCCCAUUUACGGCAACAAGUGCGGCAUGUACAAGCCAGGCUGCGGCAUUUCUAAUCUGGUGAUGUCGUGGGGGCAUGAUGAGUACAUGUACCGGAUGCUGAAGUUCAACGGCUGCACCAUUCCGGAAGCAGGCCUCAACAUGAUUCGCCUGCACUCCUUCUAUCCCUGGCACGACAAGCGAGCCUACACGCAUUUUGAGGCCCCGGAAGAUGCAGAGACACUGAAGUGGGUCAAAGAAUUCAACAAGUUCGACCUCUACUCCAAAGGCGAUGCAGUGCCAGAUGUGGAGGCGUUGAAACCUUAUUAUGCAGGGCUUCUGAAGAAGUAUGGCCUGGAUGGAAAGUUGAAGUGGUGA